AUGGAGGCGUUCGGCACGUCGACCGGAGAGGCGGAAAUGUUGGAUCCGCAGCAACGUCUGCUGAUGAUUCAGGCGUACGGUCUGCUCGCGGGCGUUUCGUCGGACAUCGCGCUAGACCGUGCUGGUACGUACAUCGGGAUCGCAAGCGCGGAGUAUAACGGGUUCACUGCUCGCGCCUUUGGUCGCCUGGGUCCAUUCAACGCGACGGGAGGUGCGCUGAGCGUUGCCAGCGGUCGGCUGGCGUACCGGUUCGGACUGCGGGGCCCGUGCAUGAGCGUCGAUACGGCGUGCUCGUCCUCGCUUGUGGCUGCGCAUCUCGCGUGGGCGGCACACCAGUCGGGAGCGGUGCAGGCUGCUCUUGCUGGUGGCGUGGGGCUCUUCCGCUCCCCCGACUCGACUGCGAUGUUCGUCAAGGCGGGAAUGAUCGCCGCUGAUGGGCGCUGCAAGACGCUGGACUCGCGUGCCGACGGGUACGUCCGCGCCGAGGGCUGCGGUCUCACUCUCCUUGUGCGCUUGCACGAGGAACCUGGACGAAACGCGGACCUCGCCGCCGUGGCGAUCGUCCGCGGCGCCGCAGUCAACCAGGACGGCCGUUCGUCGUCCUUGACGGCGCCGAACGGGCCCUCGCAGCGGGCCUGCAUCGAGGAGGCGAUGCACUCGCAGCCGGACGCGGUGCUGGGCCCGAGUGCCGUGGGAGCCGUGCAUCUUCACGGCACAGGCACCAGUCUCGGCGACCCGAUCGAGUUCGGCGCGCUGCACCACGCAGUCGCGGCCUGCGACAGCGAUGCUCCGCUGUCCAUCGCAGCGUCAAAGAGCUGGCUCGGGCAUGGGGAGGCAGCCUCUGGGGUCCUCGGGAUCUGCUUCAUGACGCAGCAGACGGGCUCGGUGGCGGUGCCCCCGGUCAUGCAUCUCAGGAGUUUGAACGAGCACGUGCAGCAGGUGUGCAGCGCGGGCCGCAAGUUGUUGCUGCCGCGGCAGGCAGGUGGGCUGCAGCCCGCGACAGCCUCUGGGAUCGUGUGGGGGACGUCGGCGUUCGCUUUCCAGGGGACGAAUGCGCACCUGAUCGCGCAGAGCGUCACAGCUGACGCGCCGACCCUGGACGCCGACUGGGCGCUGACUCGUGUCGACUUGGCAGUGCCCGUUCAGCCGCUGAUGGGCCCCGUGUCGACGUCUCGAUCGCAAAUCACCUUCACCGUCGACUUUUCGAAGCCGAGGGCCGCAGCUACGAUGGAUUUCGGGCGCGCGGUGUCUCUGGGCGCCUUUGCUGAGGUUUGCUUCAACGCGGUGUCAGCCUUGCGCCACAGCGGAGGCAAGGCGCCACAAGAUCACGUGGUUCGCCAGGCCGUCGCUGGCGAGCUCCUGACAUUCGGAAAGGGACUUGCUGCGACCAGCGUCGAGCUUUCGCUGUCUCUCGGAGACAACGUGCUGCAGUUGAAUUCCGUGGACACGUGCAGUCGUCGGCGGACUCAUUUCGCGGCGCUUGCAUCCUGGGCGCCUGAUGCUUCCUCGGGCAGCUUGACGGGAUCUGUCGCGUCGCUGGUGUCCCCUCGAGGUGCACUGUUCAUGAGCCACAUCUCGGCAUCCCCCUCGAACGCCGCCCACGCAACUCUGAACGAAGCUGGCGACAUCCUUGCGACGUCGCCGAGAGCUCUGAUCGACGGCACGGCCCAGCUCGUGCAGCUCGUGCUACCAGCGAGCGACACGCUGCACAUCAGGAGCCCAACAAGCAUCGACGCAAUCGCUGCCCCCGCCGACACCCCGAGUCUGUCUUCGAUCGGACCUGCGCGCUCGAAUUCGCGCGCUACUCGCACGAGCAACGUGAGCGUGUGUCAGUCGGCGACGGGGCAGUGGAGUUCAGCGACGUCAGGAUGCUUCGUGGACGGCCUGGUGGUUGGAACGCAGACUGCGAGUGAUGCUGGCGCGCUUGUGGGUGCUAGAUCCAUGCUGUUCGCAGACGCCUUGGGCGGUGCUUCGUCGCAGGCACCUCCGGGCGCACCCAGCUUGCAGCGGCACGACGUCUUUGUUGCCGUUGCGCAGAUCGUUGAUGAGGUCGUGGGAGCGCACGUCGCGGUCGAUCGUCCGAUGAUGGACGCCGGCCUGGACUCCCUCGGCGCGGUCGAGGUGCACGCGAAGCUGCAGACAGAACUCAACGUCGACUUGCCGCAGACGAUUGUCUUCGACUAUCCGACCGUGUCCGAGCUCGCCAAGCACUUGAGCCAGAUGAUGGGGCAGGCGGGAGGCCAGUCCGUGGCUCAAGUAACCGCGAGGAGGCUCAUCGGGGACCCACGAAGCCGCAGCGCGCGCUUCGUGGCCCUAAAGGGGUUCUCGCGUCGCAUGCAGGAGAUCAACGUCCCCGGGACCGGCCGAGACUUGGCCUCCCGCGUACCCCAAUCUCGCUGGGACGUCGAACAACAGAUCGACCCACCGCGCAGGGGGGUCGUUGUGGGCCAGCAGCCGGCCAGGGCCCUGGCGGGGCAGUUUGGUGUCUUCAUGCCCGACGUCCACGCGUUCGACGCAGAAGCAUUCGGGAUUUCGCGGCUGGAGGCGACGCUCAUGGACCCGCAGCAGCGGCUCGUGUUGGCUGCGGCCCACGAGGCGUUCGUGCAGCGCACUCGUGCGUCAACUGACGUCAGCACAUCAGCAGGGAUCUUUGUUGGGCUCGCCGCGAAUGACUACGAGGCCUUCUGCGCAACGCAUCGGGCGCCGAAGACGGGCUACGGAUUCACGUCGUCUGCGGCGUCCGUAGCAAGCGGGCGUGUCGCGUUCUGUCUCGGUCUCGGCGGGGGCCCGGCGAUGACAGUCGACACUGCUUGCUCGAGCUCGCUCGUGACGACGCACCUCGCGUUCGAAGCGAUCGCCUCGGGGAGGACGCCCGCUGCGAUCUCGGCGGGUGUGUUGCUCGUACUUGUGCCGGAGUCAACGGCGAUGGUGCAGCGCGCCGGACUGCUGUCUUCGGACGGGCGAUGCAAGAGCCUUGACGAGUCGUGCGACGGGUACGCGCGGGGCGAGUCGUGUCUCGCAGUGCUGCUCGAGCACUUCGACCCGGACGCGCGCAGCGAGCCUCUUGGGCUACUGCGCGGCACAGCAGUCAACGCCAACACCGCUGCUCAGUCGUUGAUGGCGCCCCACGGGCCAUCGCAGCAGCUGCUGAUCCAGACCGCCCUCGCGGUGGCUGACGCCACGCCAGAAGACGUCAUGGCGUUGCAGAUCCACAGCAACGGAACCCCUAUCGGUGACUCGAUCGAGGUUUCUGCUGUCUGUGCGCAGCUCUUGCAGAAGGCGCGGCCGUUCCGUUUCGUCACCCAGAAGGGCUUCUACGGGCACGCCGAGGCCGGCGCAGGCGUGCAGUCGCUGCUCGAGGGUGCGCUAGGCUGGCGCACCGGGUCUCACGCGCCGCUGACGCACCUGCGGAACCUCAACCCUUUGGUGGGGAGUGCGCUGAGGGGCGCCGGGACGCUGCUCCCGCGCUGCCACGUUCCCGCCAUUCCGCUCUUGGCGAACUCGCCGGGGCAGGCCGGGAUGUUCGGGGUGAGCUCUUUCGGGGCGCAGGGCACCAACGCCCACGCCCUGUUGUCCACCGAGCAAACAGGCACGACCGAGUUGUCGCGCGCCAGCAGUGCCCCGGACUCCAGCGCGCUGUGGCAGCCGAAGUACCUCUCGGUCGCGCCCCCCGAAGUGCGGCUCCUCACGCGCGCCGCAGUCAGCGGUCGCGCAUGGGCGCGCAGGUUGGUGUAUGAGCUGCAGCCGGCCCACACGAUGGCGGCGAGGCUGUGGGACGCGCACUACGUGUGUGGCCCCUCACUUCCCGCGUCCGCACUCGCGGAGUUCGUGCUGAGCUGCGCGUCCUCCAUGGCCGCGGGCGCGUCUGUCGCGCUGAACGACGCUGUGGUUGCAGUCCCCGGAGACGCCCGGCACCGGCUGGCAGAGAGCGACUCCCACAGCGCGAUCCACGCCGUGAUCGACCCGGCGACGGGCGCCGUAGUCGUGGGCGUGGCCGGCAGGAGCGCGACAUCGGGGGCGCUGCUGCUCCAGGGGUCGUUGGGAACUCAGGAGGCCCUGAUCCACCACGUGGGACCAUCGCAGAGUCACCUGUCGCUCAUGGGCGUCAGCUGCGGCCCCGGAGGCGAAGAUGUGCACGGUUCCGACCACGCGCUGCAGUACCUGGCGCGCGCUGACUCAGGAAGUGCCGCCCCGCCGCUGGAGGCGUGUUGCCAGGCGUUGAGCGGCGCUCACCUCGAGGGACACAGUCUGGAAGGCAUCGGACUGCUCCCACGCGCAUUUGCAUCGGCGAACGGUGCGUCCGCAGCGCCAAUGUGGGUCCGUGGCGUGUGCGAGGCAGGCGGAUCGUGCUCUGGCUACGGCGCGGGGCGGAACGCAGGGGCUGCAGUGCUCAGCGCUGUCCUCGACAUCGUCGCCAUGUCCGUGCACGAAGACCCCCCGACUGACGAGUCGGCGGCUCUCAGUCGCCUGACGGGGCUCAAGUUCGAGCCCAUGGUGCCGCAGCUCGUCGACGACGACUGGUCCUCGGACUCGGAUUCCGACCGCAGCUCGGCACCCGCUGCAAGUCCGGCCGGCCGGGCUGCUGCGUCCGGCGGGGCUGUGCACGGCGGCCCCGUCCCGGAGCAGAUUCGUGCACUGGCGGCGCUGUCCUCGGGAGCGCGGCGCGAGCGCCUCGUGAGCUCCGUGCUCUCCGAGGUCUCCAACAUGCUGGGCCGCGGUGUUUCGAGCGAGGACGUCCUGCUCGUCAGCGGCGUCGACUCGCGCGCCGCCAUGGAGAUCCGCCAGGCGCUGUCAGGCACCUUCGGUCUCGAGCUCCCGACCACGCUGCUCUACGACUACCAGACGGUGGACCAGCUCGCGGACUAUCUCGACGCAACGAUCGUCCAAACGGCGGCGCAGCGCCCCGCGGCCGCGCACGUGUCGCAGACAGAUGACGCCGCGCGCAGCGGUCCUGCGCCGCGGGACGCCCCCGUCGUGUCGAACACCGCGGCGGCGCCCUCGGAGCUCCUCAAGACGCUCCGCGCCGAGCCACCCACGUGCGCUCUGUUCCUCGCGGCACCCGGCGUCGCCAACGCGCAGAGUGCGUACUUCUCCUUCAUGUCGUACCUCGGGUGGAGCUCCCAGCCCAUCAUGGUCCUCGACAAGGACGACGACCUCACCAUCGAGGAGCUCGCGAGGCAGAACGUGGCCGACAUCCUCCGGGUGCAGCCCUCCGGGCCGUACCUGCUCGGCGGCCACAGCUACGGCGGCGUUGUGAUCAUGGAGAUCGCCAUGCUCCUCGAGGCGGCCGGGAAGGAGGUCGGGCAGAUCAUCAUCUUCGACUCGCCGCGGCCGGACCAGGUCCGCGAGCGCAACCUCGAGCACGGCGUGACGGACGCUGACGUGAACGAGCUGAUUGAAAUGAUUCUCGGCGCCCUCGGGAAGGACGCGCUCGGCCUCGGCGCGGGCAUCGCGCACCCGCGCGAGAGCGCGGAGUGGAAGGAGAUGACGUACGAGCAGCGGUAUGAGUUCUUCGCUCCUAUCUGGAGGGUGAUGCGCAGCCAGGACAUGUCGGUGGAGGAGGUCCGCGAGCAGGUCGCGGACGUGGCGCUCGCGGUCAAGCGCGCCUCGCACGUGUCGGACAUGCGGCACCACACCUUUGUGCGCGGCGUGACUCACGCGCCCGUGCUGUACUUCCGCGGACACGUCCGUGGGGCGUGCGACUACAUGAACGACUCGCGCUUCGGAGACACCGCGCACGGGCUGUGCUGGCAGGACCUCGCGACCUCGGUCGAGGUGGUCGACGUGCCGGGCGACCACUUCGCGUUGCUGCGGCAGCCAGACGCCGACAUGGCCAUCAUCGUCAACCACCUCAAGGCGCGCCUGGCCGCGUUCGGCUGGCAGGAGACGCUGCUGCCGCAGAGCCACGCGGCGCAGCACGGCGCCGCCAGCUUCGGGCCCUCGGACGAGCUCACUGCUCACCUGCGCCAGAUGGGGGUUGGCGAGGAGGCCAUCGAGCGCGCCCGGAAGUUCAUGGCCGGGCACGCGGCCGGCGGGCUGCAGGGGCAGAUUGGCGAGGCAGCUGCGGACCUGUUCGGCCUCGAGGUGCUCUGUGCGCCUACGGUGCGGGCGCUCAACCAGCAGCCGGUCACGGAGACCCAUGUGCCUAUUUUUGUCGUGCACUGCAUCCUCGGCGACGUGGCCCAGGUGCUCGACCUGGCGGAUCACACGCGGCACCGGAUGUACGGCCUACUUCUGCCCAGCGUGGACGAGUUGGACCGCCACGUGGACUCGGUGGCGUUGCUGGCGCAGAUCUACGCGUCGGCCAUCCGCAGCGUGCACGAGGGGCCCUGCAUCAUGGCCGGCAUCGGGCAGGGCGGCGUGGUGGCGUACGAGAUCGCAUGCACGCUGCAAGACACAGGCACGGACGUACAGAUGCUGACGCUGUACGAGGACAGCGUGCAGCGCGAGGUGGCCGACCUCAUGGUGCACCCGUGGUACGUGUGCUACCCGGUGGUCCGGCAGGCGGGCCUGGGACUCACGGACGAAGAGUACCUCGACGCCAGCGGGGCGCGCACGGCCACGGGGCGCGAGCAGGUCGACAGGCUGAUCGACAUGUGUCCCGAGGGGACUGUGCAGGACUCCUGGACGUCCGCGAUUGUGUCGGCGAUCGACCGGUCGCAGCGCACGAGCGGCUCCGAGAGCUCCGAGGAGACGCAGCUCGUGCGCAUGAUGCUGAUCCGCAUGAUAUUCGAGUGGGCCGAGGACCCGAACGCGGACUUGAACGUCCACGGGGCUCUGCUGGAGCUGUCGCGGAUGUCGAAGUUCACGCAGUUCGGCGAAUGGCUCCGCCAGAGGUUCCCACGGCGCCGCAAGGCCAGGAUCUGGGAACAGAUGCUGUCGCUGCUGAAGCGGCUGUCGUAUAUCCGCGCGCUCACGGAGUCGCACCACCCGCAGUCGCUCUUCUACGGCCAGGUCGUGUUGAUGCACUGCGACUACGAAAGGACCAUGCGCGACUUCCUGGGCGGAUGGGCCUGCGGAAUGUUCUCGAAGAUCGCGACGCUGGUCCUGCCUGUCCACCUGCGCCCGGUCAGCGCGGGGGUGUGCGCGAUCACCAAGGCGCAGCGUCACGACGACGUGGUCGCUGCCGCCCUGCGCACAUCGCGCCUGGCCGAAGCGUCGGCUUCUGACCCCAGACGGACGGAGGACGACGUUCCCACGGGUCCAGCUCGGAGGUGGAGCUGCUGGCUCGACAUCAACUGCUCGCUGGAGCAGCUCUCCGACUCUGAGGCCAAGCCGCCUGUGCGGAAGGCGAUUGCGCCCCCCGCCCGGCAGCAGCCUGGCUCGGGGGCUCGCAGGGCGAUCGCGAUGCGGGGUCCGGCACCGCGGUGCUUCAGGAACGGAAGGCUGAUGAUCGCGCCGAACGUGCUGUGCGCGGAGCGCUACACCGUCACCGCCGUCGAGGAGAGUCAGAUCGCGCCGCUUGCGCGGAUGCCUCUGUGGCUGUUCACGAUGGGCGACCCGCGCCUGGACUACGACGCGGCGUGCAAGGUCGCGAGCAGGAUCCCGAUUCCGACGUACACCGUGUCGCCCGCCGACCCGAAGGACUUCGCGUCCUUCGCGGCCCUCGUUGAAGAGACGAGUGCUGCCAUGCUCUCCAAGCAGCCGUCCGGACCGUUCGCGCUGGCAGGCGUCGGGCCAGGAGGCUGCCAGCUCGCGUACGCCGUCGCGUGCAAGCUCGAGGAGCUGACGAGCGCCGUGACGCUGGUCCUGGCGGACGGCGCGCCCUCUGGACCCAAGGCGAGCUCCGGGACGGACCUGGAGCUGCACACCUUGUACGAGUCGCUCACCUCUCUCGGGGCGCUCAAGAUGCGCUUCGCGGACUUCCAGCGGAGCAUGCGCGGCAGGGACGUGGACGCGGUGCUCGAUUUCCUGGUCAAGCUGCGCCCGGCGACCUUCAAGCGCACGGACGGGCCGACGGGACGUGCGACGAGCGCGGCCGAGGCCUGGGACCAGCACGUACAGGGCAUGCUGAUGCGAGGCCGCGACGCGGAGAAGCUGCCGCUGGACGGUCCGCCGACGCUGCCGCGCGUAAGCGGCUUCGUCUUCCGGGGCUCCGUCGCGGCGCUGUACCCGAGGUGCGCGGGCCCGGAGGCAGCGGGGAUUCUGUGCGACAUCAGAGACCGGUGCAAGGGCCAGGUGCGGUACCGUCGGAUGCCGUGGUCGCACGGGGAGUCGUGCCGCAACGCGGAGAAGCUGAGGACGACGUCGGCGGUCAUCGAGGAGGCCGUGCUCGCGUAUCUGACGGACGGGAACUUCCAGUCGAUGGAGCCGACCGCGCAGCAGCCGCACAGUCCCGAUCUGUAG